ACUCGGAGCGUGAGAGCCUGGAGACACGUACAGCCAACCAGUGAGAAGGAGUGGCCGCGAGUGGCAUGCACUUGGUCCAAUUACCUGCGGCCCUGCCGGCCGGCCCGCGCUUGGGCCAAUGGAGGUUCGAGGCGGGGCUCGGGCGGGGGCAACGGUCACCUGAUCCGCGGCUGUCGAGGCCGCUGAGGCAGUGGAGGCUGAGGCUAUGAUGGCGGCCACGGCGACGGCUCGAGUGCGGAUGGGGCCGCGGUGCGCCCAGGCGCUCUGGCGGAUGCCGUGGCUGCCGGUGUUUUUGUCCUUGGCGGCGGCGGUGGUGGCGGCGGCGGCGGCGGCGGCAGUGGCGGAGCAGCAGGUCCCGCUGGUGCUGUGGUCGAGUGACCGGGACUUGUGGGCUCCUGCGGCCGACACUCAUGAAGGCCACAUCACCAGCGACUUGCAGCUCUCUACCUACUUAGAUCCCGCCCUGGAGCUGGGUCCCCGGAAUGUGCUGCUGUUCCUGCAGGACAAGCUGAGCAUUGAGGAUUUCACAGCAUAUGGCGGUGUGUUUGGAAACAAGCAGGACAGCGCCUUUUCUAACCUAGAGAAUGCCCUGGACCUGGCCCCUUCCUCACUGGUGCUUCCUGCCGUCGACUGGUAUGCAGUCAGCACUCUGACCACUUACCUGCAGGAGAAGCUCGGGGCCAGCCCCUUGCAUGUGGACCUGGCCACCCUGCGGGAGCUGAAGCUCAACGCCAGCCUCCCCGCUCUGCUGCUCAUUCGCCUGCCCUACACAGCCAGCUCUGGUCUGAUGGCACCCAGGGAAGUCCUCACAGGCAACGAUGAGGUCAUCGGGCAGGUCCUGAGCACACUCAAGUCCGAAGAUGUCCCAUACACAGCGGCCCUCACAGCGGUCCGCCCUUCCAGGGUGGCCCGUGAUGUAGCCGUGGUGGCUGGAGGGCAAGGUCGCCAGCUGCUACAAAAACAGCCAGUAUCACCUGUGAUCCAUCCUCCUGUGAGUUACAAUGACACCGCUCCCCGGAUCCUGUUCUGGGCCCAAAACUUCUCUGUGGCGUACAAGGACCAGUGGGAGGACCUGACUCCCCUCACCUUUGGGGUGCAGGAGCUCAACCUGACUGGCUCCUUCUGGAAUGACUCCUUUGCCAGGCUCUCACUGACCUAUGAACGACUCUUUGGUACCACAGUGACAUUCAAGUUCAUUCUGGCCAACCGCCUCUACCCAGUGUCUGCCCGGCACUGGUUUACCAUGGAGCGCCUCGAAGUCCACAGCAAUGGCUCCGUCGCCUACUUCAAUGCUUCCCAGGUCACAGGGCCCAGCAUCUACUCCUUCCACUGCGAGUAUGUCAGCAGCCUGAGCAAGAAGGGCAGUCUCCUCGUGGCCCGCACGCAGCCCUCCUCCUGGCAGAUGAUGCUUCAGGACUUCCAGAUCCAGGCUUUCAACGUAAUGGGGGAGCAGUUCUCCUACGCCAGCGACUGUGCCAGCUUCUUCUCCCCCGGCAUCUGGAUGGGGCUGCUCACCUCCCUGUUCAUGCUCUUCAUCUUCACCUACGGCCUGCACAUGAUCCUCAGCCUCAAGACCAUGGAUCGCUUUGAUGACCACAAGGGCCCCACUAUUUCUUUGACCCAGAUUGUGUGACCCUGUGCCAGUAGGGGGUUGAGGGUCCCACCCUGCAGCACACUGGACUGAAGAGCUUCCCUCUUCCUACCGCAGCAUGAACCCCAAGCUCCCCUCAGCCCAUCUUGCUCCCUCUUCAGCCCGCUGAGGAGCUUUCUUGGGCUGCCCCCAUCUCUCCCAACAAGGUGUACAUAUUCUGUGUAGAUGCUAGACCAACCAGCUUCCCAGGCUUCGUCGCUGUGAGGCGUAAGGGACACGAAUUCUAGGGUCUCCUUUCUCCUUAUUUACUCUUGUGUCUACAUCAUCCCUGGCUGUGGAUAGUGCUUUUGUGUAGCAAAUGCUCCCUCCUUAAGGUUAUAGGGCUCCCUGAGUUUGGGGGUGUGGAAGUACUACUUAACUGUCUGUCCUGCUUGGCUGUCGUUAUCGUUUUCUGGUGAUGUGCUAACAAUAAGCAGUACACUGGGGUUUAUUUCUGUGGCCUGAGAAGGAAGGGACCUCCACGACAGGUGGGCUGGGUGCGAUCGCCGGCUGUCUGGCAUGUUCCCACCGGGAGUGCCUGGCAGGAGCAUGGGGUGUUCGGUUGUUUCCUUCCUAAUAAAAUAAACGCGGAUCGCCAUGC